GGGAGGGGGUAAAGAGAGGGAGAGAGGUGGAGAUAGAUAGAGAGAGAGGCGGCAUAAAGUACAGGCAUCAAACGGAGCUUCGGCUGCAGACUGCUCGGGAUCCCUUCCGCUCGCCUCGGUCGCUCCAGACGCAUCAGAGAGUCGCUUGAAGGCAUCACGACGAGAAGAAGUGAGAAGGAUCCCAGGCUCGGUGGCUACAUGCUCAGCUGUCUUUGGCUUUAAGAGGAACAACAGAACUAAUCGGCAGGAAACAUGGAUUUUGUAAUGAAGCAAGCUUUAGGUGGAGCCACCAAAGACAUGGGGAAGAUGCUGGGGGGGGAGGAGGAGAAGGACCCGGACGCAGCCAAGAAGGAGGAGGAGCGACAGGAGGCGCUGAGGCAGCAGGAGGAGGAGAGGAAGGCCAAACACGCCCGCAUGGAGGCGGAGAGGGAAAAAGUACGGCAGACCAUCAGGGACAAGUACGGGUUGAAGAAGAAGGAGGAGAAGGAGGCGGAGGAGAAGGCGGCCAUGGAGCAGGCCUGCGAGGGGUCCCUGACCCGUCCGAAGAAGGCCAUCCCGCGAGGCUGCGGGGACGACGACGAGGAGGACGAGGAGAGCAUCUUCGACACCGUCCUCAAGUUCCUGCCCGGGCCGCUCCAGGACAUGCUCAAGAAGUAAAAAAAGAGAGCGUCCGACGCGACGUCAAGCGAACCCUAACGUCGGGGUCCGGCGUCGGGCCUGGGCCGGGCUGCAGGGCGGAGGGAUGCGGGGGGACGCGGGGGGACGUUUGGGGUGAGACGAGACGGGUUGUGUUGCAGGGAGACAAAUAGAUUUGGGAGGGGGGUCCUUGUCAAACUGUUAGAGGCUACACACUGCCUUUCUAGAAAUCUUUCUUCUUUUCUACUCCUCGAUGAUUCUUUUUAUUUGCCACGAUCGUUGUCCAACCUUUCCACUGCCACUUAGCACAUUUCUUACACGGACAUUUUGACAACGGUUUUCCCUUAAAGGACGGACAGUGGACGCUUGUCCCCUUAAUGUCUUUUUUUUUGUUUUGGUUUUUUGAGACGCCACUGCCACCGUGUUUCCAGUAGAUGGAGCAUGUUUUCUUCAUUCCAAUGGGUGUUUUCUACUUUUUUGAACCUGGUGUUGGUCUUUAUAUAUCUGAAAAAAACAAAAAAAACAAGAAAAAAGUCUAAACAUUUGAGUUUUUAGAACAUGUGCCUUCAUGUCAUCUCCUCUGGACAGAGGAAUUGUAAAUGAGGGUUUCAUUUAGAGUCAAACAGGUGGUCGGUUGUGGUUCAAAGAUACAAGACUGGACACUUUUGGAAGAAUAUGUUUGAUAUUAGGACGUGUGGGAGGAAGGUGGUAAAAGAUUUAAAAACACAAUCCAAGCAGCUUUUAUCGGUUCAGUUUUUUUUUCUUUAUUUAGAACCGAAAAAGCUUCUUGGAUGAAACGUCUUCACGCUGUUAGUUUUUUGACCUGAAGAACCUUCACAGACACACGGAUUGCAUGAAUAGCUUUUAUUUGUACCUUAUUUACAGGAUGAAAUCACUUCAGACGGACACUUAGCUCCACGUUCAGGUCAAAUCGCGUCUUUUCUGAUUUUUUUAUUUUUCGUGAUCCUCAUCGACAAUCAACGCAUCAACCGCUGGGAAACUGGGGCUAAACGCUGCCGUACAUGAUGCCAUCACACGUCACCUACGUCGUCUAUGGUUAAAGGUUAAAGCUAGAUUCCACAUCGUCUCUUUUUUCUUUCGAAUGCAAAAUCCAGGCAGCGUCUUGGUGCCUCGUUUUAAUUUAUUCCAGCUGUCUUCAUCCCCCUUCACCUCUCAACGUCGCACCUCGACGGAAACUCAUCAAGACCAAAGAAACA